AUGAUGCAAACGGCACAAUUAAUAUUAUACUGGGGCGAUUUGAAUAUGCUGAUUACUAUUCUUUCAACAGCAGAUCUGCCAAUAGCUAAUUCUAUGAUGAUGUUGGUACUGUUUUCAUACAAGAGAAAAGGUUUGCAAGAUAUAACGUUGAUGGCAAAAAAUGAUUGGAUCAAAUUGAAGACAAAUAAAGAAUUGGAAAUCAUGAAUGAAAGUGCAAAAACAGCUAAAAGUUUAUCAAAAUUUUGUGUGCGAUUAAGCUAUUUGGUGUCUUACAUCCCUUAUGAACAUGAAAAAUCGCCAAAUUAUGAAAUAACUUUAAUAUUUCAAUGCUUAUCCUCUUUUAUUGCCACUGCGGCAUUUAUAGGCAUUGAAAGCUUUUUUAUUAUCAUAGUUAUGCACAGUAUUGACGUAGGACACGCAACAUAUCAAUGCUCCUGGUAUCAAAUGGAAACUUCAGAAAUCAAAUCAUUGAUGCUUAUUCUUUAUCGAUCACAAAAACCUUUUCAAAUAUCAGCUGGAAAAUUCUUUAUAUUUUCUUUGAAUACGUUUACCUCUCUAAUGAAAACAUCUGCAAGUUACUUGUCAGUAUUGAUUGCCAUUAAAGACAAAUAA